AUGAGGUCUGGUAAUGAUAAAAGACCUGAUAUACUUCAUGUUGCUAAAAAGUAUCACAGAUCUGAUGUGCUUCAUAUGGCUGCUCGACAGGCUUCAUUUUUUACCAAGCUGUUUUUCAUUUCCCAAAUGUUCCUUAACAUUGCCACUCAGCAGUGUGGAACUGGCGGCGACCUAUACUCGAUUUAUCAAAUGAUGCUUAAGGGCCACACCUAUAAGACGUUCAAGACUACACCAGGCACCCUGGAAUGCAGAGAGACUUGUCUCGCUGAUGAUAGAUGUCAAAGCUUUAAUUUCGUCAUUUUCAUUGCAAUAUGUGAGUUAAACAACCAGACUAAAGAAGCAAGACCAGAGGACUUUGUCAAGGACGAGAACAGAUAUUAUAUGGCAAAAGGUCUAAAACGAGUUCCCCUGGGAUCAAUCUUUAAGCUGCCUGCUGAAUCAUGGGAGGAAAUCGAGGCGAGUGAAGGAAAGACUAAUCUACUGGAUUCUACAAGAUCUGAGAACUCUAUUUUAGCUCGUAGCGACGUAAAGACAAAAGAAUGUGGGCCUGUUGGUGUAGCAGGCAAAAAUGCAAUCUCAGAUGCCAGAAUGACAGCAAGCACUGUCCAUGAUGAAAGAUUUUAUCCGUACUAUGGCCGACUCCAUGAAAACAGGGGAUAUGGAGGAUGGUGUCCAAAGACUGAAACUGACAGAACAGACUAUCUUCAAGUUGAUAUGGGUACAAUGCUGUCUGUUUGUGCUGUGGCCACUCAAGGAGAAAAGAUAAACGAUGAAUGGACUACCAGCUACAAACUGCAACUAUCCACAGACGGUGUAACCUGGAACGCUUACGAGGAAGCCAGCACUGCAAAGGUUUGA